AUCCUGUCAACACGCGGAGCAAGACGCCGAAUGUGUUCAUACGCGCCGACGGCAGGGGCUCACGCCGCCUCAGUGAGCAAACGUUGACGUGUCAAUGUCAGACGGCUGCGUCUGCCGUCCCCAUACAGUCAAUAGGGCGUGCUAACAGGAGCCGUGCCGCGGGGCCGGAGCCCUUCUACAAAUACACAGGAUUCAUUCGCAGCGGGGUAUAAAACGACGCAGCGGAAUACAUCAUGGACAAUCACUGCUCAAGGGUUGUGUGGUGCCAGCGCUGUACGAAGAGCGCUUUGUGAAACAGACGCCUGUAAUAUGCUGCUGCGGUGCGUGCUGCCGCUGCUGACGGCUGCUGCAGCUGCUGGUCAGCAGCUGGACUCCCAGCCGGCCGCUGUGCCGCUGUCCAGCGCGCCGGACCCGGCCGCCGCCUCGCUACGUCUGGCCGACGGCUGGGAGGGCGUACUGGCCCGUCAGCUCGACCCCGCCUUCUCCUGCCAGGGCCGCCGCUACGGCUACUUCGCCGACGUGUUCAACGACUGCCAGCUCUUCCAUGUCUGCAUGCCGGUGGUGGACAGCGAGGGGAACACGUUGGUGGCGCAGUACAGCUUCUUCUGCGGCAACCAGACCAUGUUCGACCAGGCCAGUUUGACCUGCACCCACCCGGACAGCGCUGUCGCCUGCCAGGAGGCUGAGGCCUUCUACGAAAUCUCCAAUGACGAGUUCUUCAAAACGGAUGAAGGUAGCAGCGGCGGCUCGGGCUCCGGAUUCUCUGGUGGCGCUGGCUCCGGGGGGUCCGGAUCCGGGUUCGGCGGAGUCGGUGCCUCUGCCAGCGUUGUCCGACCUCAGGUCGUGGCACCCGGUCCAGAGAGGCCUCUGCUGGGGGCCACCAGAGCCCCUCUAGAUGAGGAGGGCAACCCCAUCUCAGACCCUGAAUCUACACGCAGAACUGAUGGUCUCCUUGGAGCAACAAGAGCCCCUCUAGAUGAGGAGGGUAACCCCAUCCUGAAAUCAGAGGCUACUCCCAGAACUGAUGGUCUCCUGGGGGCUACACGAGCCCCUCUAGAUGAGGAGGGUAACCCCAUCCUGAAACCAGAGGCUACUCCCAGAACUGAUGGUCUCUUGGGGGCUACACGAGCCCCUCUAGAUGAGGAGGGUAACCCCAUCCUGAAACCAGAGGCUACUCCCAGAACUGAUGGUCUCUUGGGGGCUACACGAGCCCCUCUAGAUGAGGAGGGUAACCCCAUCCUGAAACUAGAGGCUAUCCCCAGAACUGAUGGUCUAUUGGGGGCUACACGAGCCCCUCUAGAUGAGGAGGGUAACCCCAUCCUGAAACUAGAGGCUGCCCCCAGAACUGAUGGUCUAUUGGGGGCUACACGAGCCCCUCUAGAUAAGGAGGGUAACCCCAUCCUGGAACCAGAGGCUACUCCCAGAACUGAUGGUCUAUUGGGGGCUACACGAGCCCCUCUAGAUGAGGAGGGUAACCCUAUCCUGAAACCAGAGGCUACUCCUAGAACUGAUGGUCUCCUUGGAGCCACCAGAGCCCCUCUAGAUGAGGAGGGUAAUCCCAUCCUGAAACCAGAGGCUACUCCCAGAACUGAUGGUCUAUUGGGGGCCACACGAGCCCCUCUAGAUGAGGAGGGUAACCCCAUCCUGAAACCAGAGGCUACUCCCAGAACUGAUGGUCUAUUGGGGGCCACACGAGCCCCUCUAGAUGAGGAGGGUAACCCCAUCCUGAAACCAGAGGCUACUCCCGGAACGGAUGGUCUCAGAGGCACUGCUAAAGAAGAGUGAAUCGAAUUUUGCUAUAUGCGUUUUCCGAAGAUUUUUUUUUAUAUUUUAAUUCCAUUGUAAUUUAUUAGUCCUUCGCUUAAUAUACAUGUAUGCGUUUA